UUGGAGGAACCGUGGGCAAUUUCAUAUGUGAGAACAUGUUGUCAGGAUUGUGUCAAGGUGAUCACUGCCAUCAAUGGACGGAAAUGGCCUGUGCCCAUUCCAAAAGGUGCCAACCUGGAUACCAUCCAGGAAGGCCUCCUCAAAAUGGGUGCAGAGUAUGUGUGGUUGGACCUUCUCUGUUUGAGACAGAAAAAUGGUCAAAGGGAGGAUUUGCAUGUGGACAAAUGGAAGACUGAUGUACCCACUAUCAGAAGUAUCCAUCGUUGGGCUGAAGUGGUGGUUCACUAUUUUGAUGUGCUUAGAGAGACAACCAACCUGGAUAAUAGUGAUGGUGGAAAUCAUUGUUGGUUUAAUCGCACAUGGCCAUUUCAGGAG